AGAAAAUUCCACCACAAACUCCGGCCGUGAUGAUGGUGUAUAUAAGAACACUGGCAGCAGCUUCCUAACUGCACUCGAAGGUUGAACCAUGGCGAGGCAACAGGUCGCAGUGAUCCUUCUCCUGGCGAAGGUGGUGUGCGGCGGUGUAGUGGGCGGCAUUGCAAGGCAGGAGACAGAAUUGCAGUGCGGAGACACGCUCGCCAUCGACUUCUCCAGCGGAAGCCCUGAGGUCCAGUGUGACUCUCCUUGUUUUCGCAGUGUGCACGCGUGGGCUGCUGGACCAGUGUUCAAGCGUAUGUCCGAACUGGAGCAGUAUGGCUUGAUGGUGAGACAAGAGUAUGACGAGGACGGCAAGGUGUCGUGUUCACUCGUUGACGACAUCUCUGACACUAGUGCCAUACAGUCAUCUCUUCUGGCUGAAGCUUGCUCCUCAGUGACUCCCUUCACCACCACCACUACUGUUGGCACUGGAGUGACAGAAGUCACUUCCACUACCACCGGCACUGGAGGCCCCUCUGGAGUAACUGGCUCAACCACCACUGGCACUGGAGGCCCCUCUGGAGUGACUAGCUCAACCACCACUGGCACUGGAGUGACUGGUUCAACGACCACUGGCACUGGAGGCCCCUCUGGAGUGACUGGCUCAACCACCACUGGCACUGGAGUGACUGGUUCAACCACCACCGGCACUGGAGGACCCUCUGGAGUGACUAGCUCAACCACCACUGGCACUGGAGUGACUAGUUCAACCACCACUGGCACUGGAGGCCCCUCUGGAGUGACUAGCUCAACCACCACUGGCACUGGAGUGACUGGCUCAACCACCACUGGCACUGGAGUGACUAGCUCAACCACCACUGGCACUGGAGGCCCCUCUGGAGUGACUGGCUCAACCACCACUGGCACUGGAGGCCCCUCUGGAGUGACUAGCUCAACCACCACUGGCACUGGAGUGAGUGGUUCAACCAACACUGGCACUGAAGGCCCCUCUGGAGUGACUGGCUCAACCACCACUGGCACUGAAGUGACUGGUUCAACCACCACUGGCACUGGAGGCCCCUCUGGAGUGACUAGCUCAACCACCACUGGCACUGGAGUGACUGGCUCAACCACCACUGGCACUGGAGUGACUGGUUCAACCACCACUGGCACUGGAGGCCCCUCUGGAGUGACUAGCUCAACCACCACUGGCACUGGAGUGACUGGCUCAACCACCACUGGCACUGGAGUGACUAGCUCAACCACCACUGGCACUGGAGGCCCCUCUGGAGUGACUGGCUCAACCACCACUGGCACUGGAGGCCCCUCUGGAGUGACUAGCUCAACCACCACUGGCACUGGAGUGAGUGGUUCAACCAACACUGGCACUGAAGGCCCCUCUGGAGUGACUGGCUCAACCACCACUGGCACUGAAGUGACUGGUUCAACCACCACUGGCACUGGAGGCCCCUCUGGAGUGACUAGCUCAACCACCACUGGCACUGGAGUGACUGGCUCAACCACCACUGGCACUGGAGGCCCCUCUGGAGUGACUGGCUCAACCACUACUGGUAAUGGAGGUUCCUCUGGAGUGACAGAGACCACCACCACCACCACUGGCACUGGAGGUCCCUCUGGAGUAACAGAGACCACCACCACUGGCACUGGAGGUCCCUCUGGAGUGACUGAGUCAACAGUCACAGAAGAAACGACGACUGUUACAGUAGAAUCGACAACUCUGAUUGAAUGUGUAACGGAAAAAGAAACAGAAAUCACAACACUCCCACCGACAACAACAGUGGUGCCCACCACUGCUGAGCCACGUUGGGCCUGUGAGAGUGGAUGGUCACUCUAUGAGUCCUCAUGUUACCAGAUUGACAACAAUGUUAAGUUUGACUGGGUGCAAGGUGAGAUCUACUGCAAUGCUCUUGGUGCAGAAUAUGGCAAGAUCACAACUGCAGAUCAGUCUUCCUUCCUUAGAGACCUCGCAACUGAUGAUACAUGGAUUGGUUUGACUGACCAGAGCACUGAGGGAAGCUUCAUCUGGACAGACAGAUCAGUACCUGUAUACACUGGGUGGGCAUCUGGAGAACCUAACAGCGCUGGGGAAGAGGACUGCACUGAAAUGAGGAAGGUUAAGGACUUCUGGUGGAAUGACUCCUCUUGUGGAAACAUAAAGAGGAUUUUGUGUCAGAAACCAGCCACCAGGGUGAACUAAUGCCUGCCAGUCUGCACGCCCAUACCCAACGCUUCUCCCAUCAGUUUCACAUAUCGCUACAUCACUACUACCUGUCUGAUGUACUUCAGUGUCAAAUGUUGCAGAGACUGAUGUGUGAGAGCCACAACCAUCUCUAACCUCACUAUCUUAAUAAAAAUGUUAACCUCAGUUA